AUCUGCUUUUUGCCUCUGCGGACCUGCUGGGAGACACGAGGUUGGGAGCGCAGCUUUCCAGCAGGGCAGCGGGCAGAUGCUGCAGCUCCCAACCUGCAGAACAGGUUCGGCCGAUGCCAAAGGAGCGAAACGUCUGCUCGGCAUUGUUACCACCCUCCCCUUCCCUCUGCCUCCUCCCACUCUGAACUUGUUACCCUGGAGCUGAACUGUUUGAGCAGGGGCUGGGAAGCUGCUUUGUGAUCUGAGCCCUCCGCGUGUGAAAGCGGGGCGGGAUUUCGCUGCAGACUCCUCGGUUCCUCCCGGGUUUGUCCCGGGUAUGAAGGUUGGACACACACGAGCAGGGACAGCCCUUCUGCACUGCCCGGCCGGGACAGACAAAGGGUACCCACAUGCAAGAAGAUCCAGGGAAUGUUUGUAACUCCUGUGCUGCUGGGAAGGGCCCUCACAUCCAUCCUGUCAAGACUGAGCUCCGUGGUUCUUUCUCCACACUGAUGCUGCAAAUCCUGUUGUUCAAUGAGUGGAAUAUGUGGCAAAAGAAUUAAACCAGGACAGUCUCCUGAAUGUGGAAUUCCAGAGAAGGCACUCACUGGCACUUCCAAAGCAAGCAAAGCAGCAACAUCCUGAAAUUGUUGCUUUUUCUCAGAUAUUUUCAUUGCUUGACUGAAACUUUCUGCAGAUAUCAGCACUGAAGUGCUUUGUUUGACUUGGAGCAAGCUGUUGCUACGCUGCUCUGAAAGCUUGAGAUGGCUCUGACUUCUCCAAAAUCUCUAGCAGGGGAUUUGACACAAAGAGAAGAAUCCAGUCUCCAUGAGGGAAACUGCUGCCAUUUCCUCUCUGCAAACAUCCUCCCAGUAGUGGAAAGAUGUAUGAGCUCCAUGCAGGCGGGCACCCAGAUGAUCAAACUCCGGGGAGGCUCCAAGGGGCUCGUCCGCUUCUACUACUUGGAUGACCACAGGUCCUGCAUUCGCUGGAGACCCUCUCGGAAGAAUGAGAAAGCCAAAAUUUCCAUCGACUCCAUCCAGGAGGUGUGUGAGGGGAAGCAGUCGGAGAUCUUCCAGCGCUACGCCGACGGCAGCUUCGACCCCAACUGCUGCUUCAGCAUCUACUACGGGGACCACAUGGAGUCCCUGGACCUGGUGUCCUCCAGUGCUGAGGAGGCACGCACCUGGAUCACAGGGCUGAAGUACCUGAUGGCAGGCAUCAGUGACGAGGACAGCCUCUCCAAACGCCAAAGGACCAGAGACCAGUGGUUGAAGCAGACAUUUGAUGAGGCAGAUAAAAAUGGGGAUGGCAGCCUGAGUAUUAGUGAAGUGCUCCAGCUCAUGCACAAACUGAAUGUGAACCUACCCCGACAGAAAGUCAAGCAAAUGUUUAAGGAGGCUGACACAGAUGACAACCAGGGCACGCUGGACUUCGAGGAGUUCUGUGCCUUCUACAAGAUGAUGUCGACGCGGCGCGAUCUGUACCUGCUGAUGCUCACCUACAGCAACCACAAGGACUACCUGGACACAGAUGACCUGAAACGCUUCUUGGAGACUGAGCAGAAGAUGACAAAUGUGACUAAAGAACAUUGCCUGGAAAUCAUCAGCAAGUUUGAGCCAUGCCCAGAGAACAAGAAGGAGGGAGCCCUGGGAAUUGAUGGUUUCACCAAUUACAUGCGGAGUCCAUCGGGGGACAUCUUCAACCCAGAGCAUUACCAAGUGAACCAGGACAUGAGCUACCCCCUGAGUCACUACUUCAUUACCUCUUCACACAACACCUACCUCAUGGGAGAUCAGCUGAUGUCCCAGUCCAGGGUGGACAUGUAUGCAUGGGUGCUGCAGUCUGGCUGUCGCUGUGUGGAAGUUGACUGCUGGGACGGGCCGGACGGGGAACCAAUUGUCCACCAUGGAUACACCCUGACUUCCAAAAUCCUCUUCAAAGAUGUGAUUGAAACUAUCAACAAAUAUGCCUUUAUCAAGAACGAGUACCCAGUGAUCCUGUCAAUUGAGAACCACUGCAGCAUCGUGCAGCAGAAGAAGAUGGCUCAGUAUCUUACAGAAAUCCUGGGAGACAAACUGGAUCUGUCUUCUGUGCACAACGAUGACUCCACAAAGCUCCCCUCACCAGCAAGUCUUAAAGGGAAGAUCCUGGUUAAGGGCAAGAAACUUCCAGCCAACAUCAGCGAGGAUGCAGAGGAAGGAGAAGUUUCUGAUGAGGACAGCGCUGAUGAGAUUGAUGAUGACUGUAAACUAAUGAAUGGAGAUGCAUCUGCAAACCGGAAAAGAGUGGAGAAUAUAGCAAAGAAGAAACUUGACUCACUGAUAAAAGAAUCCAAAAUCCGUGACUGUGAAGAUCCAAACAAUUUUACAGUUUCCACUCUCCCAUCCUCAGGAAAGGCUGGGCUGAAGUCUGAUAGUAAGAAGAGUAAACUGGAGGAUGAUGCAGAAUCCGGGGAAGAUUUCAGUGCCAGCAAAAGGCACAGCAGGUCCCUCAUGGGCAGCUUCUCCAAACGCAAGAAAAAAGGAAGCAAAUUGAAAAAGGCAUCAAGCCUGGAAGAGGGUGAAGACGAUUCGGAUUCUCAAGGGAAUUUAGCCAGGAGCUCUGUACAUUACAGCAGGGUGAGCCGACAGAAGAAGACAAUGAAGCUGUCCAGGGCCCUGUCUGACCUGGUGAAAUACACAAAGUCUGUUGGCAUCCAUGAUGUUGAAACUGAAAUCUCUUCCAGCUGGCAGGUUUCAUCUUUCAGUGAAACCAAAGCCCACCAGAUCCUGCAGCAGAAGCCGGCGCAGUACCUGCGCUUCAACCAGCACCAGCUGUCCCGCAUCUACCCCUCCUCCUACAGGGUGGACUCCAGCAACUACAACCCCCAGCCCUUCUGGAAUGCUGGCUGCCAGCUUGUUGCACUAAACUACCAGUCAGAGGGGAGAAUGCUGCAGCUGAACCGGGCCAAAUUCAGUGCCAAUGGGAACUGUGGCUAUGUCCUCAAACCCAACUGCAUGUGUCAAGGUGUCUUUAACCCAAAUUCUGAAGACCCACUGCCUGGUCAGUUGAAGAAACAGCUGGUUCUGAGAAUUAUCAGUGGUCAGCAACUCCCCAAACCACGUGAUUCCAUGCUGGGAGACAGAGGAGAGAUCAUAGAUCCAUUUGUUGAAGUAGAAGUUAUAGGCUUACCUGUUGAUUGCUUCAAAGAACAAACCAGAGUAGUUGAUGAUAAUGGUUUUAACCCCAUGUGGGAGGAGACCUUGGUGUUCACAGUGCACAUGCCAGAGAUCGCCCUGAUCCGGUUCCUGGUGUGGGACCACGACCCCAUCGGGAGGGAUUUCAUCGGCCAGAGGACAAUUGCCUUCAGCAGCAUGAUGCCAGGUUACAGACACGUGUACCUGGAGGGCAUAGAAGAGGCUUCCAUCUUUGUGCACGUGGCUAUAAAUGACAUCUGUGGUAAGGCCAAACAAGCUCUAGGUCUAAAAGGGCUGUUUCUCAGAAAUCCAAAGCAGGCCUCUCUGGACAGUCAUGCUGCUGGGCAGCUCCAUCGCAAACAUUCCUUUAGCAGCCACAUCCUGAGACGGACGGCCAGUGCACCCACCAAGAGCCAGAAGAAGAACAAGAAGGGCUUUCCAGAAAUUGCUUUUGACACAAAGGACAGCAGCUCUGCAGGGGCUGGAGAAGGGAGGGAAGUGGAAGCUGCCUCCCAGCCUCGCUUUGUGCAAGAGCCAGAAAGCGCUUCCCCGUCCCCAGCUCCCCGAGACGCUGCCGGUGGGGAGGCACCUGGCAAGGCCUUGAAAGGUAAGGCCCAGGGCUGUGCCCAGGGGCCAGGGCAGAGCUGUGCCCACCCCGGGGCUCCCUUCAGCGAGCCCUUGCCCAGGGCACACAGGGUGAGGCUGCAGGAGCCCCUGGGCGAGAAGCCGAGCGUCUUCGCCCGCUGUGCCAUCAACAGCUCGGGCAGGAUCGGAGUGGCCACCAACUGCAUGAAAUGCAUGAUUGGCUCCAAGGAGAGCCCUGACCCUGAGGGGCCAUGGAGUGACCACCCUGGCAGGCCCAGAGAGCCCCUGCAGGCCGGGCAGGGCAGCAGUGCAGAGGAGAGGGUAGAGCUGCACACCUGGGUGGUCAGGGGGCAGCCCAGGCCGCUGUCAGAUUUGCAGCCUUGCAGCAGCCCUGGACCUGCAGGUGACCUGAGGAGGAGCAGCCAGGCCUUUGUGAGCCCGGGGAAGACGAGUGGUGACUCUAAGGGCCACGGGAUAAAGGCUCAGCCCCGGCAGCGCUGGCAGUGCCACUCUGGUGGCAAGUAUGGAAGCACUGUCAACCUGGUUGCAGCCAGCAAUGGCUCUGUGUCCUCCAACUCCAGCAGUCUAGAAAGCCUUGGAAGCCCAGAGUUCCCCAAGCACUGGGCUGAACCUUCUCGAAGGCAAGUGGGCACCCUCCAGAGGGAAAUGAACGCCUUGUUCGUUCAAAAAUUGGAGGAAAUUCGAAGUAAAUCCCCUAUAUUCUUUACUGAUGUCUGCCACUUCUCCAUGCAGAGGUCAGUCACUUCUUUAUGCAGCCUAGAAACGAUCACAGAAGAGCCUGUCCUUGCCAAUGAGGGCCAUGACUGCAGCCUUCUCUUCCCCCUGCCCGUUGCCCCUUACAGUGACUCUGAGGAAGGAUCUGGCUCUGACCAUUCCACUGAAGCUCCAUCAGAGGGAAGCAGAACACCCAACCAGCCUCAAGAGCCCCUACCCUCCAGAGAAAAAGGAACCAAUCUGGCUGCAGAAGACCAAGGGCAGGAUGUCCCAAGAGCAGCUGACACAGGUUUGGUAGCCCCAGAGGAUGAGAGGACAAGCGUGGCAGGAUGUCCCACAGAAGGAAAUGGCUGGACACAAAGCAGUGAGGCUGAAGAUCAGGGUGGAUCAGCAGCACAUCCCAAAAAAGCCAGGCUGGUGGAGGCAGCAGAUCACGGUGCUGGCCAAGCUGUAGGAAACUGCCAGAGACAAAACCAACCACGUCAGGUAUCAGCAGACACAAAAAGCACCUCUGAAUGCAAAGGGCAAAACCCGGGUGCAGCAGCUGUUCCACCCCAGCAAAGCAGUGUCAGUAACAGCCCCCAGGCAGAUUCUCCCCAGAAAGCCUGGGCUGCACAGGCUCUCCCUGCCUCUGUUUCCCAGACGAGCUCUUACACGUUGGCAAGAAGGGCAAAGAGUGAAGGACUGAAGACGUCAGACUCCUCAGCCUUAAUAAAAACCCCGAGCAGCCAGUCUCCAGCAGCUGAAGUGUACUUUGAUGCCACUAUCAAUGACCGGAUCUGGAGCAAGCUGGACUGUGCCAGCCACCGUGACAGCAUGUCCUCCUCGUCCAGCAUGUCCUCCAACGACACCGUCAUCGACCUCUCCCUGCCCAGCCUGGCCCGCAAGAGCCUCCCGGACCUGGGCAUCCGCCAGGACAGCCUGGAGCCCCUGGCCAUCAGGAAGGGCAUGCGGCCCCGCUCCGCCACCACCUGCAGCAACGAGAUGCCAAUGGUCAGCAAGAGCAAGUCCAACCCCAACCUGAGGUCUGGCCAGCUGCCGGCCGACGAGCUGUGCCCCCGGCCCCUGGCCAGGAGCCCUCAGGACGCCUUCUCAUCCAUCCCUAGAAGGCACACCUGGAGCAGGCUCUACAUGGAGAGUCUCAGGCAGUCCUCUAACAAAUCCAAAGCGCAUGACACGGUUGGGAAUAAUCAGGCAAAGUCCAAAAGCCUCGGGGACCUCACCUCUGACGACAUCGUGUGUACUUUUGAAAGCAAAUACCGCAGCAUCAGCAGGAGCUUCGUCACGCGCUCCAUGCGGGAGCAGCGCCGCUCCGCCAGCCUGCGGGCCUCGGCCAAAUCCCGGGACGAGCUGACGGAGCAGCUGAAGAAGCUGACGGCAUUCCAGCAGGAAAACGACAUCACCUCCCCCAUCAGCCUGGAGCCCAGCGAGUCGGAGGAGGAGGGCGAGAGCGUGGGGCUGCUGCGCCGCUCGUCCUCGCGCAGCCAGAGCCGCGUGCGCUACAUCGCCAACAGGGCACGGCAGGCCCAGGAGAGGCAGCGCCUGCAGGGCCGGGCACAGCUUGGGGGCAGCCCCAUCGAGGAAAGAGGCAACCCCGAGGGUGCCUGCAGCGUGGGCAGGGCUGGCUGCACCGACCCCGCUGCCCACGCGGCCCUGGCGGCCUCGCCCAAGGCCCAGCCCGACUGCGCGGCCGACACCGAGGUGUUCUUCAUGCUCAAACUGUGAUCCUGACAGCAAAACACAGCCAAGCCUGAGAGGCCCAAAACAUCCUGAGGUUCCUGGCCUUCCCUUGAGCCAAGGGUGCUUGACAUCACAACUCCAAAGGAACUGGCCCUGGCGGCCUCGCCCAAGGCCCAGCCUGACUGCGCGGCCGACACUGAGGUGUUCUUCAUGCUCAAACUGUGACCCUGGGCACUGCUGGUACUCCUGGCACAGCAAAACACCUCAAAACCUGAGAGGCCCAAAACAUCCUGAGCUUCCUGGCCUUUCCUUGAGCCAAGGGUGCUUGAGAUCACAACUCCAAAGGAAGUGGCCCUGGCUGGGUCCAACUUCAUGGCCAACACCAAGGUGUUCUUCAUGCUCAAACUGUGAUCCUGGCAGCGCUGGGCACUGCUGGCACAGCAAAACCUGAGAGGCCCAAAACAUCCUGUGCUUCCUGGCCUUCCCCUGAGCCAAGGGUGCUUGAUAUCACAACUCCAAAGGAACUGAUGAGGAUUUAUUUUUAAUUGAGCUUUGCCCAGCCUCCGAUCGGGCCUCCUUUGUGUGUGAGCACUUCUUGCGUUUGCAGUCUGCUCUUGGUCUUUACUAAUUUCAAUAAUUCUUCUGACAAUAGUAACCUUGAUGUGUGAUAGCUAAAUGUGAUGCUAACAACAGCUAAGGUGAAUUUUGCUCUUACAAAUCAUGGAUCCAUGUAAGGAGGCUGGACUUAAAAUCAUAUUUUAUUUUCUGGAAGAGUUUGAGGCCUCUGAGGGUGUGAAUUAAUAAUGCAGUAGAUACAGUCCAUCUUCCAUCGUGGACCUGCUUAUUUCAGUGAAAAUCCAUAUUUUCUCUUUGAAGAAAAGCUCUCUUGUUCCAAAGCAAUGCUUUUAUAAACUCAGCCUGUUUAUAUAUCUAUAUAUAUAUAUAUAAAUAUCUAUAUAUAUACACCUGUGUGUAUGCAAAGAUAUGUCUGCACAUAUGAUAAGAUAUGUAUGCACAAAUGCACACCCUGAACCUGAACUGUGACUGCUCCUUGUCUCAAGGCAUUGUCUGAGGGAAUUGAGACAGGAGAGAGAAGGGAAUGGCUAAAAAUAGAAAUAUCUUCUGACUUUACUUCAGAAAUGGCUACAAAGCAUGUUAGUCUUUUUUUGAAACAGCACUGUCCCUUCUUAUGGUAUUUUAACAAUGCUGCUGUACAUAGCACUUUUUGGAUGAAUUUUACUAUUUCUGUAUUGCACUGCCAUGCAAAAUUUUCAAUGAUAUGUUUAAAAAAAAAAGAGAUAUUUAAUUUUUUUAGAUGGACAUAUUUAGAAUUAAAUAACAACCUAAACAGAGUAAUAAUUUUUCCUCCCCCCAUUUUUUUUACUUUUUAUUUUUAGGGAUGUUGUCAUGUGUCCCUCCCCAUCCCCAGUUAUGAUGUCAUUUAUUAUAGAUGUACAUUUUAUCAGUGAUGGAGAAGAAUGUUUACUGAGAUGCAUUUUAAAGAGAAACAGAGGUUUAAUUUUAUUUGAGGCUGCAUAGAGUCCCUAUUAUUAAGAGGAUAUUUUGCCUUUGUAAUGAUUCUUUUGUGUAUAUUGCAAAAUUUAAGAAUUUGUUUGUAAAACCACCUUACACUACUAAAAUAAACAUAUUUAACCUCCCA